AAGCGGCGGAGUCAACAACGCGAAAAGUGCGUAUAUAAUCAUAUAACUCUGAACCGAUCUCUGGAGCUUUAAUCUCCGCCGCGAACUCACCAAUAACAACACCAGGAAGAGCAAUUAAAGGAGCUGCAAUGUGGCUGACCUUUAUUACAGGCGUUCUGGUCCUGCUCCUCGCCUGGGACUUUGUACGAAAACGCCAUCGCGUCACAACCUUUAAGAAAUUCAAGAUCACGGGACCCCUGUCAGUUCCUAUCCUAGGAUGUGGUAUCCAGGCCUUGUCCCUGGGAGCAGAGAACAUCAUGCCAUAUAUGGCAGGAAUGUUCAAUAAAUAUGGAAAGAGCUUUCGGCUUUGGGUACUCGAUGAAUGCAUAUAUUAUACCAUGGAUGUUAAGGAUUACGAGAACAUCCUAAGCAGCACCACGCUCCUGGAGAAGGGUCAAAUCUAUCGCUUUAUGCGACCCUUCCUCAACGAUGGAAUAUUAGUCAGCAAGGGCAAGAAAUGGCAUGCCAGGAGAAAGGUCUUCACCAAUGCCUUUCACUUCAAGGUCCUGGAACACUAUAUGGAGAUUAUGGACAGGAACAGUGGCGUUUUGGUGGAGAAGCUGAGAAAGGUGGCCGAUGGCAAAACACCGGUGGAUAUACUCCAGUACGUUUCUUUGGCAACGUUGGAUGUGAUCACAGAGGCCGCCAUGGGUGUCCAGGUGAAUGCCCAGAACGACCCCGAUUUUCCGUACAUCAAGGCGCUUGAGAGAGUGGUCUACAUCCAGCCUGGUCGCAUGUUGAAAUUUUCGCAGCGCUACGACUGGCUUUUCAGCCUGUUGGCGCCACGACUCCACCGGCAGCUGGUGAGCGAUAUCCGCGUCAUGAACGACUUCACCGACAAGGUCAUUCACGAGCGGCGAACAACUGUAGAGCGGGCUAAGGCCGACGGCAGCUACCGGCCGCUGGCUCUAGGUGAUGCCGAGACUGGCAGCAAGUCGAAGUUGGUUCUGCUAGACAUUCUGCUGCAGGCGACCAUUAACAAUGAACCCCUCAGCGAUGCGGACAUCCGCGAGGAGGUGGACAACUUCAUGUUCGCAGGCAAUGACACCACUGGCAGUGGUACUUCCCACGCCCUGUACGCUAUCGCCCGAAAUUCCAGGAUUCAGCAGCGCUUAUUUGAGGAAAUAGUAGAGGUCCUAGGUCAAGAUCCCUCCACUCCAGUCACCCAAUCGCAGCUGUCGGAGCUGAAGUACCUGGACUGCGUGAUUAAGGAGACCUUGCGCCUGCAUACGAUAGUGCCCACAGUUGGAAGAUACACCACCAAGGACCUAGUGCUUGGAGAAAAGGUCAUUCCUGCCAACACAAGCAUUUACCUAGUACCAUACGCUACGCAUCGAGAUCCAGAAUAUUUCCCAGACCCACUCACCUUUAAGCCCGAGCGCUUUCUGGAAGGCGAGGCGGAAUCUCAUGCGACCUUCGCCUAUGCACCUUUUAGUGCCGGACCCAGAAACUGUAUUGGCCAGAAGUUUGGCACUUUGGAAAUGAAAUGUCUGAUCAGCAAGGUUUUAAGAUACUACGAAUUACUUCCACUGGGAAAGGAGCUCAGGCCCAUGAUGAACUUCAUUCUGCGUUCGUCCACGGGCAUUAAUGUGGGCUUGAGGCCUAGAAAGCUUUCAUCCAACUCUGAACCGAUCUCUGGCUGGUCUCUAGCCUUAAUCUCCGCCGGGAGGUCACAAAUAACAACACCAGCAAGAGCAAUUACAGUAGCUGCAAUGUGGCUGACCCUGAUUACAGGCGCCCUGAUCUUGCUCCUCGCCUGGGACUUUGUACGAAAGCGCCAUCGAGUCACAACCUUAGAGAAGUCAAAGAUCAAAGGACCCCUGUCACUUCCUAUCCUGGGAUGUGGUAUCCAGGCCUUGUCCCUGGGGGCAGAGAACAUCAUCCCAUAUGUGGGCGAAAUGUUCGAGAAAUAUGGCAAGAACUUUUACUUUUGGGUCCUCGAUGAAUGCAUAUUGUACACAAAGGAUUUCAAGGACUUUGAGCACAUCCUGAGCAGCACCACGCUCCUGGAGAAGGGUCAGCUCUAUCGUUUUUUGCGACCCUUCCUCAAUGAUGGACUUUUAGUCAGCACAGGCAGGAAAUGGCAUGCCAGGAGAAAAGUCUUCACCAAUGCCUUCCACUUCAAAGUCCUGGAACACUAUAUGGAGAUCAUGGACAGAAACAGUGGCGUUUUGGUGGAGAAACUGAGAAAGGUGGCCGAUGGCAAGACAACGGUGGAUAUACUCCAGUACGUUUCUUUGGCAGCAUUGGAUGUGAUCACAGAGGCCGCCAUGGGUGUCCAGGUGAAUGCCCAGAACGACCCCGAUUUUCCGUACAUCAAGGCGCUCAAAAAUGUGGUCUACAUCCAGCCGGAUCGCAUGUUCAAAGUCUCGCAGCGCUACGACUGGCUCUUUCCCCUGUUGGCGCCCCUGCUCCACCGGCAGCUGGUGAGCGAUAUCCGCGUCAUGCACGAAUUCACCGACAAGGUCAUUCGCGAGCGGCGGGCAACGGUGGAGCAGGCAAAGGCCGACGGCAGCUACCGGCCGCUGGCUCUAGGUGAUGCCGAGAUCGGCACUAAAUCCCAGAUGGCUCUGCUGGACAUCCUGCUGCAGGCGACCAUUAACAAUGAACCCCUCAGCGAUGCGGACAUCCGCGAGGAGGUGGACACCUUCAUGUUCGAGGGCGAUGACACCACCAGCAGUGGUGUUUCUCACGCCUUAUACGCCAUUGCCCGGAAUUCCAGGAUUCAGCAGCGCAUAUACGAGGAGCUAGUAGCUGUCCUAGGACGAGAUCCCUCCACUCCAGUCACUCAAUCAAAGAUGUCGGAACUUAAGUACCUGGACUGCGUGAUCAAGGAGACCAUGCGUAUGUAUCCGCCAGUUCCCGCAAUUGGAAGAUACACCACCAUGGACCUGGUCAUCGGAGAGAAGGUCAUUCCUGCCAACACAAGCAUUUAUUUGGUUCCCCUCUAUGCUCAUCGGGAUCCUGAAUAUUUUCCGGACCCACUCACCUUCAAGCCCGAACGCUUUCUGGACAGCGAGGAGGAAUCUCAUGCGACCUUUGCCUAUGUGCCUUUUAGUGCCGGACCCAAAAACUGUAUUGGCCAGAAGUUUGCCGUUUUGGAAAUGAAAUCUCUGAUUAGCAAGGUUUUAAGACACUACGAAUUACUUCCACUUGGUGAAGAGCUAAAGCCCAUGAUGAACUUCAUACUGCGUUCGAGCACAGGCAUUAAUGUGGGUUUGAGACCUAGAAAUCUUGAAUAGGGUAAACCCACAUACUCAGUUGUUUUUGUUAGGGUUUCGGUAGGUAACUGGGAUACUCGUGAUAUAAAAUUGUUAAUAUUAUUGUUUGUUAGUUAAGUACUUAAAUAAUCGAAUUGGAGAUUCAAAUAAAAAUAUUUUUUAUAAAAAUUA